GUGGGGAAACCGGGCAAGGGGCUGGAGCCCACCCUCCUCCUCCUCAUGCACCAGCAGCUCUUACAGCUCAAGGUCGCCGCGUUGCCUUUGUCUGGCUGCGCAGGCACCCCACCACCCCGAGCCAUCGACGCCCCGGCUGGUCCCCCAGCUCCCGGCACCAACCAACCCUCCCGACCCCCAACGCCAACCAACGCCCCCGACCCUGGCCGGACGGGGACACCGGCAAGGAGGGUGCUGGGACCUGGGGGCCAGGGUGCCUCGGCGGCGAGGGGGUCCCUCUGUGGGGCUGGCUUCGUCUCCCCGCUCUCUCCCCAUGUGUUGGGCAGCACAUGGCGGGAAGGGGUCGCGCCAUACAGGCGGGAGCAUCGCCAGCUCUGGGGGUGCCCGACUCUGGCUCCAGCGGGGGAUUUUCCACAGGGAGAGCGGCUUAACGGCGGCUUCCAGGGGUCAGGAUUUAGUGUUAAAUACGCCGGGAGAUUUCUGCACGCUUAGGGCCAAAAAUGGAACAAGGGCAACAUGUGGUGGCCGGUGCCGUGGUGUGGGGCCGCGCAGAGCCUGGACGGGACCGUGAAUGGGUGCAGGGGAGGCAGCAGGCUAAGUGUGGGGUGCAGGACAUGGCGCACAGGAUGGGGGGUACAGGGUAGGGAUUGGUCAGGACUAGGAUCCGCUGCAAGCGUGGGCCAGCAAAGGCAGGGCGGACAGGGCAGGGGUGCCUCAGCCUCCCCCGAGAGGUGCUGGAAGUCCCUGGGGGGACAGAGGGUGUUACACCUGCUUCCCCAGCCCUGAAUUUGGGGAGACUCGAGGCUCCAGCUAAGGACUUCGUCCCCCAUGCUCCUGUGCCACCACCGGCCCCACCAAGCACGGGAAAAGGGUUCGUCCCCCAAGUCACCUCCGAGGCCCCCGGGGAGAGCAGGUGCCCCACGGACCCCAUCUGGUGGAGCUCAGGGCGGAGGCGCAGCCCGACGGGACCCCGGCACCUGCCCCAAGACCAUGAUCCCCCCCAAGGAGAAGGCCCGGGCUCCCAAGGACAGCAUGACGCUCCUGCCUUGCUUCUACUUCGUGGAGCUGCCCAUCGUGGCCUCCUCCAUCGUGACGCUCUACUUCCUGGAGCUGACGGACCUCUUCAAGCCAGCCAAGGUGGGCUUCCAGUGCUACGACCGCGCGCUCUCCAUGCCCUAUGUGGAGACCAACGAGGAGCUCAUCCCCCUUCUCAUGCUGCUCAGCCUGGCCUUCGCCGCGCCCGCCGCCUCGAUCAUGGUCGGGGAGGGCAUCGUGUACUGCCUGCAGUCCCGGCUGAAGGGACGCGCCGGUGCCGAGGGCAGCAUUAACGCCGGCGGCUGCAACUUCAACUCCUUCCUGCGCCGGACUGUAAGGUUUGUGGGUGUCCAUGUGUUCGGUCUCUGUGCCACGGCCCUGGUGACGGACGUUAUCCAGCUGGCCACUGGCUACCACGCACCCUUCUUCCUGACCGUCUGCAAGCCCAACUACACGCUGCUGGGCACCCCCUGCGACGCCAACCCCUACAUCACCCAGGACAUCUGCUCGGGCACGGACAAGCACGCCAUCCUCUCCGCCAGGAAGACUUUCCCGUCCCAGCACGCAACGCUCUCGGCUUUCGCUGCCGUCUACGUGUCGAUGUAUUUCAAUUCCAUUAUCUCGGAUAGCACCAAACUCCUCAAGCCCAUCCUGGUCUUCGCCUUUGCCAUCGCCGCCGGCAUCUGCGGCCUGACCCAGAUCACCCAGUACCGCAGCCACCCCGCCGACGUCUACGUGGGCUUCCUGAUCGGCUCCGGCAUCGCCGCCUACCUGGCGUACCACGCCGUCGGCAACUUCCGUGCCCCGACAGAGAGGGUCCCGGCACCGGCCCCGGCCAAGGACGCGCUGCGGGCGCUGACGCAGCGGGGCCACGACUCCGUCUACCACCAGAACAAGUCGGUGAGCACGGACGAGCUGAACCCGCAGACGCAGCUGGAGGAGGCGACGCGGCCGGUGCCGCGGGAGAAGAACUCUCUGGGCAGCCUGAAGCGGGCCAGCGUGGACGUGGACCUGCUGGCCCCCCGCAGCCCCAUGGGCAAGGAGAACAUGGUGACCUUCAGCAAUACCCUGCCCCGCGUCAACACCCCCUCCAUGGACGACCCCGCGCGGCGCCACAUGACCAUCCACGUCCCCGUGGACGCCUCCCGCUCCAAGCAGCUCAUCACCGAGUGGAAGCAGAAGUCGCUGGAGGGCCGGAGCAUGACGCUGGCGGAGGAGGCGGCACAUGGCCGGGGCGCGGGGGAUGCCGGCGAGGACGUCCCCCCCUCCCUCUACCCCACGGUGCAAGCGCGCUCGGCCGAGCGGGCGGCCAUGGGGCCCCGCGUCCUCAUCCAGCCCCGGCCGGGCGCCUCGCAGCUGGUGCACAUCCCCGAGGAGAGCCAGGCGGGCGCCGGCGUCCCGGCUGGCAGCGGGGCGGCCGUGCGGGCCAAGUGGGUGAUGGUGGCGGAGAAGGGAGGGGCGCAGCGGGUGGCCAACCCCCCGCGCCUGAUGCAGGUCAUCGCCAUGUCCAAGCAGCAGAGCAUGGUCUCCGUCACCCCGAAGCAUUCGGAGACGUCCUCCUCCUCCACCAGCUCUGACUCCUCCCAGUACCGCUCGCCCUCGGAGCGGGACAGCUCCAGCAUCAUCACCAUCGACGCCCACGCCCCCCACCACCCCGUCGUCCACCUCUCCGCCGGCAACGGGCCCUGGGAGUGGAAGUCGGGGCCGAAGGGGCAGGAGGGGCCGGACGCCUACGAGCUGGGCGAGAUGGGGAAGGAUUUCCGCGGCUUCCGCCCGGCCAAGAGCGCCGGCGUGUCCCCUGGCUCCUCCGUCAGCGACAUGGAGCAGGACGAGCCGCGCUACGGCAGCCUGGCCACCAUCCCGGGGGCGAUGGGGGGCAGCGGGGAGCGGGGGGAGGCACCCCCCGAGGGGCUGCUGGGCACGGCCAGCCGGGAGUCCACGCUGCGGAGGAAGCCGGCCGAGAGGGACGGGCAGGCGGACAGCGAGGUGGACCACUACUACAAGAAAAUGCAAGCCAGCCGGAGGUUUAAGGACUAAGCCCCCAUUGCCUUCCCCGUGCCCAGCCCCCCCUGCUCCCCUGCCCCAGCUCGGGGGGGGCUCCAUAAUGCUGGGGUCCCUCUCUGCUGGGGGGGGCAUCAAGACAGGGCUGUCUUUGGCAUCGGGGCGACCGAGCAGCACAAGGAUGUGGCAGAGCACGGUCACGCCGGCCCCUGAGCCAGCCAAGAUGUGUGUGGGGGGACCCUAACUUGGGACCCCACUCCUGCCCGGGCAGCUGGGGGGGCUUGGGGGUCUCUGCCCCCAAAGCUUGCAAGGCCGGGUGGCUCCAAGCACUUUUGACUUUCUUUUUCUCUCUAACAUAGGUGCUGACAUUUCUGAGGGGUUAAUUUAUUCUGGCUCUAGACACGUACAAGGCGGGUGGGUGGGGAGCAAGUGGUGCUGAAGGGCUUUGGGGGGACCUGGAUUGAGGGGUCCUGGGGCAGGGGGGCUCCCAUGGGGCAAUGGGUCCUGGCUCGUGUCGGGGUUUGUGGAUGCUGGGGGUCCUGCAAGAGCCACGCGGCAGGAGUUGUCCCAGACCCCCAUCCUGCACCACUGGUCCAUGCUGGGGGAGGGCGAGGGGGGACGGUGCUGGGAGGGGGUGGUUUGCCCAGGGGCUCUGGGCACGCCGGGGCUGUAAAUACUGCAUGGGCUGAAGUAGAGGGUGGGCGUUGAGGUGGGGGCGCAGGGUCUGGGGCUGGCACAGCGGGGAGCCAGGGCCGAGCUCUGUCCCCAGGAGUAGCAGCCCUGGCCAGGGGACGGAGGUUUUGGGGGGAUGGGGGGGUCUCCAAGCUGUGAACGCAUCAGUCGGGCAAUGGCUGGAACUGCUGUGGUUUGAAAAGCAAAUAAACGUGUGGAUGUUC